UCUGUCCGCCACUAAAAGCAACAAAAAAAUGUCAAAGGGAGAAAAGAAAGAAGGAAGAAGCUUAAUAUCGAAUCUAAGCCGUUUUGGGAAAUUCUAUUAGUAGGUAGGUGACUCAAAAAUCUCAUCCUCUUCCAGCGUUCUCUUCUUCUUUCAACUUAGCUAUCUAUGGAGUUCCUCUGCUUUUCCCCGCCAAAAUCCCUCCUGAAGCAAAUGUAGCCUUUUUCCAAUUGCGAAAACUAGGGUUUUUUUUUUGUUCCUCUUUGUCCUCUCUGAUUUUAUCAGAAAAAAUUUCUGGGUUUUGGGAAAGAGAUAUUGGAAUCGUUGUUGAUUGAAAUGAAGAAGCUUUUCGGAGGUCCGGGAACUUUGUGUGGUCUGUUACUGAGAAUCGGACAAUGUGCUUCUGCUGCGGCUUCAAUCGGAGUUAUGGUCUCUGCGAAACAGUUCUCUGUUCACACUGCUUUUUGCUACUUGAUUGCAUCAAUGGGUCUUCAGUUGCUGUGGAGCUUUGGGUUAGCUUGUCUUGAUGUUUAUGCUCUCAGGGGCAAAAAAGAUCUCCAAAACCCAAUCUUGGUUAGCUUAUUCGUCGUUGGUGAUUGGGUGACUGCAAUGUUAUCUCUUGCAGCUGCAUGUUCAUCAGCAGGAGUUGUAGUCUUGUAUGAGAAAGAUAUCAAGUAUUGCAAUACUCAGAGCCAAUAUCCAUGUCUUAGGUAUGAAGUAGCUGUAGCCCUUUCCUUCGUCACUUGGAUCCAAAUCGCUGUUUCUUCUCAUGUCACAUUCUGGAUCUUAGCUUCUGUUUAGUUUCGAAAACAAACCCCACCUUUGUGUUUUUUUUCUUCUUGGAAUGUUGAGAACAUCUUUGUAGUUUUGAGAUCAGUGUUUCAAAUCGAAUCCAUCAGUGUUUCUUGAAAUCAAACUAUUGCUACAUAGAUAUAUAUCUCUCUUUUAACU